AUGCCUGGCGUAUCAGUCAAAGACGUCCCUUCGGACAAGUUCAUCGAGGCCUACUCCGCUUUCCUCAAGCGACAAGGCAAGCUGCCGAUUCCAGGUUGGAGCGACACCGUCAAGACGAGCCACGCAAAGGAGCUGCCGCCGCAGUCAUCCGACUGGUUCUACGUCCGCGCCGCUGCCGUCGCCCGCCACGUCUACAUGCGUAAGACCGUCGGUGUCGGCCGUCUACGAAAAGUCCACGGCGGCACUAAGAACCGCGGCUCCCGCCCCAGCCACCACGUCGAUGCCUCGGGCGGUGUCGACCGGAAAGUGAUGCAAGCGCUGGAGAAGAUUGGCGUGCUGGAGCAAGAUGAGGAGAAGGGUGGACGCCGCAUCACACAGGCCGGCCAGCGGGAUCUUGACCGUAUUGCGCAGACGUGUGUGGAGGCCGAGGAGGAAGAGGACGACGAGUAG